AUGGCCGACCCCUUUGCUCCGCGCUCGAUGAAGCGCAAAAACGUCAAAGGACUCGCCCUGACACCUGCCGCUCCGCGGCCCCCGCCGACGGCGGAGACGAACCGAGCCGGGAACGAUCACGAUCACGACGAGGCCGAAAAGGAUGGCCAGCUGGAGAUUGGAAUCGAGUACAAGUUGAACCUGAGGAUAGAGGAUCUCGAGAUCCUCAAGGAGCUCGGUUCCGGCAAUGGAGGCACCGUGAGCAAGGUCAAGCACCUCACGACCGGCACCGUCAUGGCUCGCAAGGUGAUCCACGUCGAAGCCAAAAAGGAGAUGCGCAAGCGAAUCGUUCGAGAACUACAAAUCAUGCACGGCUGCCACUCCGACUACAUCGUCAACUUUUACGGCGCCUUCCUCAACAGCAACAACGACGUCAUCAUGUGCAUGGAGUACAUGGAUGUGGGGUCCCUGGACCGAGUGUCGAGAGUCUUUGGCCCCGUCCGCGUGGACGUGCUGGGCAAGAUCGCCGAGGCGACGCUCGGAGGCCUCACGUACCUGUACACGAAGCAUCACAUCAUGCACAGGGACAUCAAGCCAUCCAACAUCUUGGUCAACUCGCGGGGAUCCAUCAAACUCUGCGACUUUGGCGUCUCCGGCGAGCUGAUCAACUCCAUCGCCGACACCUUUGUGGGCACGUCCACCUACAUGGCCCCCGAGCGAAUCCAGGGCGAAAAGUACACGGUCAAGUCGGACGUGUGGAGUUUUGGGCUGAGCAUCAUGGAGCUUGCCAUCGGCAAGUUUCCCUUUGCCGCGAGCGAGCAGUUUUCGGAUGAGGAGUGUGCGCCCGCCGGCAUCCUGGACCUCUUGCAGCAGAUUGUUCACGAGCCCGCGCCGCAGCUGCCCAAGAGCGAUGCCUUCCCCGUCAUCCUGGAUGACAUGAUUCAAAAGUGUCUUUUCAAGGAGCCCGAGGAGCGGCCGACGCCGCAGGAACUUCUUCCCUCUUCCUCAGCCCUCUUCCAAUGCCCUCUUCCAAUGCCCUCUUCCACCCGCGCCCCUGCCCUUGAACGCGCCACUGACAUGAUGCCCAACCAGGACCGAGAUCCCUUCGUCCAAGCGGCCAAGAGGACGCCGGUCGACCUCCGAGAAUGGGCCGUGGGACUCAUGGAGCGAGACAACCGCAAGUCUCAUCUGGCCCCCCAGCUGUCGCCGGCAACGCAGGAUCUGCUGCGAUCGAGCGACUCACCCACCUUUUUUUCCCAGUCCGAGGACCGCACCAUCCAAACGCCGACGUCGGGGGAGAUUCCCAUCGUCGGUGCCGGGAUCAUCUCGCCACAGGACUACCAGUCACACCGAAGUCGGUCGCCAAGCCGAAACGGUUACGGAACCAGCCGGACGCCCGUGAGCGCGCAUGCCGGCUUGGCGCCUAGGGCGGCGACGACCAACUCGGCACCGCCGACGUCGCUCCACGACGCGACGACUCCCGUGGCCGCGGCCCCCUCCACAUUCAGCCUGCCUGUCCGGUCCGGUCCCCCCGGCGGGCCUUUACCGCCUCCGCCGCCGAAGAAGGAAAUGGCUGACGACCCCCGAAGGGAAAAUCGACGGCAAGCGCAGUUUGGUCUGCCUCCGAACGCGGGCUACAGUCGAUAG